AUGUUUCGACCCCUCCUACCCCGCCAUUGCUCGUCUCUCGUCCGACCUUCCUCUCUCCUUCGCAAUCUUCCAUCUGGCCAAUUCACUUCGGCCUCUUUCCCGUCUCUCCAAUUCAACAUCAGAAUAUCUGUCAGAGCCUUCUCCGCAUCCGCCGCCGACAUGUCUAAAGUCUUCCUCGAUGUCAAGUGGGUAGGCCCUGUUCUCGACGAGAACAACCGGCCCACGAACGAGAUCAAGGAGCAGCAAGGCCGCAUCAAUCUGACCCUUUACGAUGACGUUGUGCCCAAGACCGCCGAGAACUUCAGGGCGCUCUGCACCCACGAGAAGGGCUUCGGCUUCAGGAACUCUACGUUUCACCGCAUCAUCAAGGAUUUCAUGAUCCAGGGUGGUGACUUCACCCGUGGCAACGGCACCGGCGGCAAGUCCAUCUACGGCGAGAAGUUUGCCGAUGAGAACUUCAAGUUGAAGCACGACAAGCCCGGUCUCCUGUCUAUGGCCAACGCCGGCCCCAACACCAACGGCUCCCAAUUCUUCAUCACUACCGUCGUCACUUCGUGGCUCGAUGGACGCCACGUCGUCUUCGGCGAGGUCGCUGACGCCGAGUCGUUCAAGGUUGUCAAGGGUCUGGAGGCCACCGACGAUGCGGUCGUCAAGAAGCAGAUCGGGGACAAGAAGCCCGUCAUCGUUGACAGCGGCAUGGCCGAGGCCUAA